GCGGUCAGGGCCGGUGCUUGGUUGAGAUCUCUUAGCAUUUUUUCUGCUUAGCUGGUAAAGCCUAAACAUAGUUAUUGCCCUGUAUUAAUCAAUCAAUUUAUCAGUAAUCCUAAUUCCUGUCAAGGUGCAUAGCAUACCAUGUCAGAAACGGAUCCUAAGUCUGUUCAGGACCUCACCAAUGUGGUCCAGACCCUGCUGCAGCAGAUGCAGGACAAGUUUCAAACGAUGUCUGACCAGAUCAUUGGUAGAAAUAUCGAGAUGAGCACCCGCAUUGAUGACUUGGAAAAGAACAUUGCGGACCUCAUGACACAGGCUGGUGUGGAAGAGAUCGAAGGAGCAGAAAAUAAACCCAAGGAAGAUCAAGGGACAUUAUAAAGGUUGCCAGGUAACACCAUGUCAAGGACAGUUUUCAGGAGCAGCCAGUUUCAUCUAUCAUAAAUUGAUUUGGGUGUUUUUGUGGUGAAAUGCUUUUUUCUAUGAACUAUUGUAAUGAGUAACAUUUAUGUAGUGUAGAUUUAUUUGUACAACAAAAUCCCUACUGUACACAGAACAAUGGCAUGAGAUGUUUGAAGUUGUGGCAACGAGAAACGGUGCUGCUUGUGCCAAGUGUGGAAUGCAAUCCAAACUCAAUUGAUUUGUUAUAUUGAAGUUAUUUAAUACAAUGUGUCUCAGUA